CAAAACUACAGCAUUGGGUGUUGUGUGCUAAGGAGGAAGGAAUUUGUACGUCAAGGUUCCCACUGUGUCUCCAAGGUUAGAACGCUCCUCCCCAGGAAGAGGUCACCCGGGGUGAAGUUCACCUUCAGUUCUGCUCUGAGAGUAAUGAAACAUCCCCAGUCGGUUCUCCAGCACGGCCGGCUGCAGUACAUCAGUAACAUCGUCAUGCAGUAGAGGAGCAGGCUCACAAGAGUUCACACCACGACUGGAGCACAGACAAGAACGCAUCCACAAGGUCUAGGGCAUCUCAGACAGACAGACAGUCUUUCUCCAACCCUGCUGGGGCACUGGUAUUCCCGCUGAUGACUACAGUUGGAGCAGGGAGGACAGAAGAGGUGGAUGCACCUGAGCUCAUUUCCUCAAGAAGCUUUGAGGCAAACACAGAUAUCAGUUUGUGUGAGAGACAGCUGCUGCUGGCAACAGAGGGAGGGGAUCUGGCUGGCUAGCAUAGCGUCACACUACUGCUAAUUCUGGACUGGCAUUUGCUGCCCGCAGCCUCAGUACUUGGGUGAAACACUGAAGAUAUUCCUACUGAUUGCUGCUAACUUGAAGAGACAGAUGUGGCUGCAGUGAGCAUCCCACUAACGACGGAACAAGUACUGUACAAGGCUGGGACUUAAAUUACCUGGCGAAGCAAGAUGGAGAAACGGAGCAAGUACAGAUCACGGGGAAGCCUGCCCCGGGACAGGGUUGCUCGCUACAGCUCCUCUGCUGACGAAUACAGCGAACACAGGUCGUGUGGAUAUAGUUCUGACGAGACUCUGAAAGCGUACGAGAAAUAUGGUAAAUACGACAAAUACAACGACAGAUAUGACCCCGCUGCUGGAGACAGGACAAGCAGAUCUAGUGCAGGCACGGAUGUGACUCUCACCGCAAACAGCCCACGCAAUAGUUCGGACAUCGGAGCUGCCUACAUUCCAAGCUUUGUCAGUGGAGCCGAAGGUGACGAGGACACGGACGGGGAGAAUUUCGACUCCAACCUGGACGAACUUGCUAAGAAAGGAUACAUUCAGGCUAUGCGCUACUGGGAGCACCAGAACAAAGGCAGCAGUAGCGACCCACUGAGAGACUCUGUGCUGUCCUCCGACACAGAGAACGAGGGCCUGGAGGGGUGCGGCGACCGCAUGGCCGAUGCAGGUAGCGUUGAAAACAUCAUCACCUGUGUUUAUUGUCGUCUGCCCUCAUCACCCAGUGGUCCAACAGAACUGGCUUCCCCGGUGUCUAGAACCUCCACCCCUUCCCCCAACCCUGGGGAUACGCCCCACAGCAUGUCAGGGGAAAUUGCUCGCAAUACAAACUACUCAGAGAGUGAGGACGAGUUUGAAGGGUCCUUUUUGGUCCAGACGGCGUCCGGGAAUGUGUACGUGCCAACCUCCUGUAAGUUGCCUGACCAGGAGGGCUCCUGUAGAGCGCAGGAGGCCGAUCAGACGUCCACACGGAGAGAAGAGCCGACGUCAGGAGAGGGCGACGUCCACUGGGCACCGGACCCACCAGAUAGGCAACAGUUCCUGUAUCACGCGGACACCGUAGGUUCCUCGGCGGCCGUACCACUACCACCCUACUCCCUGUACCCAAACGAGAGGCCGGUUUCUCUCACGUCCACAAGCACCUUCAAGAUGAAGCGCCCGUACCGGUGCAACUGGCGGUGUGCUGCCAUCGUUUUCAUGGUGGUGUCCUUCCUCCUGGCUGCUCUUCUGGCUUACUUUUUGGCAAUGAGGCUGUUUGCGCUGAACUGGUCCCUGCAGCCGGACACCCAGCUGGUGAACCCCGUGAACGGUAUGGACCACACAGAAGACCCCAAGCCACUCUUCACACCAGGGACGGGCACUGGAUUGAUACCGACGAGACAGCCAAACUUGAAUACGCUACCGGAGGACGUGAUUACGGGGCUGGUCCCCGUGGGGGGUAACGUGGAAGAGACGGUGCCGCCGUUUGCGUUCUGGCGGUCGCAACUGUACCUCAGGCAGCCCAGAUACAUCAUGUAUAAUGUGUCCAUGUCUUCCGAUGCAAAGCUGGGCAUCUACGCUCGCAAGGAUUCGCUCCCCACCCACACCCAGUUUGACUUUGCUGAGAUGAUGGAUGGCAGUCACAUCGUUGUGCCUUCUGGUCGCCGGCGCCGCGCAUCAGAGGUCAGGCGACAGAGCGGGUUUGUGCAGUACAUGGGAGCCGGACAGUGGCACAUGGCUGUGUUUAAUGAUGGGCCACAGCCUCAGAAGGUCCUGCUUAACAACAAGAUCACCGACAACCCAGCCGAGUGUCCCGCGGAGUGCAAUGGCAACGGGGAAUGCAUCACAGGCAUCUGUCAGUGCUACCCUGGCUACAUGGGCAAGGACUGUGCACAUGCUGUGUGCCCGGUAAUCUGCAGUGGGAAUGGUCAGUACCAUAACGGCCAGUGUGUGUGCACAGCUGGGUAUAAGGGACCGGACUGUAACGUGCCUCCAAAUCAGUGCCUAGCCCCGGACUGCAGCGGACACGGAGACUGCAUCGGCGGGCAGUGUCGCUGCCAGCCGGGAUGGACGGGAGAAGACUGCAGCAAAUUGACCUGUGAGGACCCUGACUGUACGAACCAUGGCAUCUGCAUGGAUGGGAAGUGCUUCUGUGAGUCGGGGUGGACGGGAACCAACUGUGAGAAGGAAGACAAUGUGAUCUGCCCGUCAGAGCACUGCUCGGGACACGGCACGUUUGUUGACGAUCCUGGCGUGUGUGUCUGUGAGGAGAACUGGACUGGGCAGGAUUGCUCACAAAGUGUGUGUCCUGUGCACUGUGGCCCCCACGGCACCUGUUCUACCGGCAGGUGUGUUUGUGACGAGGGGUGGGGAGGUGAGACCUGUGAGGACCAGGCUUGUUUUGCUGACUGCAACAACCAUGGGACCUGUGACGAUGGCAACUGUGUGUGCGAUCAGGGCUGGAACGGGCCCUACUGCGGCUCAGAGGGCUGUCCAGGCCUGUGUAACAGCCAUGGAACGUGCCAGUACAGCGGGGGAGAGUGGCAGUGUGUGUGCCAUGACGGGUACCGCGGCCUGGCCUGUGACUUUGCUCUGGAGACUGCGUGUAACGACAGACAAGACAACGAUGCAGAUGGUUUGGAGGAUUGUGAGGACCCAGACUGCUGCUCCAGCCCUGCCUGCCAGAGGCACUACAACUGCCGCCCCACGCCUGACCCGCAGGAGAUCCUCGCUCGCCUGAAGCGAAAGGUCACCCCAGGUGACACGUUCUACGACCGUGUGAAGUUCCUGGUGGAGCCGGACAGCAUCCAGGCACUCAGCCGGGCGAGGGAGCUUCCGUUUGCAGAAAACUUUGUAUCAGUGUUGCGUGGGAAGGUGCUCACAGACGACGGCAGUCCCCUCAUGGGAGCGAACAUCACUGUUGUCCGCAACCGCGUCUACGGUUACACCCUCAGUCGCCAGGAUGGAUGGUUUGACAUAGUGGUGAAUGGCGGAGGCUCCCUCGUGCUGCGUGUGGAGCGCUCACCGUUCCUUGCUGUUCAGAAGAUGGUCCACGUUCCCUGGAAUGACGUCAUCGUCAUGGAAGACAUCACCAUGACGACAGGCCUCAGCCCCAGUCGUGACUCACGGUGCGACAUCAGCGGUGUCGUGUUACCCAGGCCGCUGGUCCUCCCUGCUUGGCCAGGCCGUGAUGUCACUCCCUGUGAAGACCAAGGGAACAUUGUGCCAGAGAUACAGGCCCUGAAGGAGUCAGUGACUCUGACCGGAACCACGGUCCACAUGACCCAGCUCAGUAAUCGACAGUCUGGCUACAGGACAGUCAUCCAUGUGCUGCUGACGCCGCCCACCAUCCCUCCGUCCCUGCGCAAGAUCCACCUGCGCGUGGCCAUCCAGGGACAGGUGAUGGAGAAGGUGUUCAAUGCGGAGCCAAACCUCCUGUACCCGCUGUCGUGGGACAGAACAGACGGGUACGGCCAGCCUGUGUACGGAGUUGCUACAGCAUGGGUGUCUGUUGGGUUUGAGUAUGCCGGAUGUUCGGGCACCCUGUGGGAGAAAGUGGUCAGCCAGGUCAAGGGUUACGACAUCACCCCUCCCGAGCUGGCGGGCUGGUCCCUCAGUCUGCACCAUGUGUACGACAGCAAACAAGGCAUCGUAUACAAGGGCACUGGAUCCAACAUCUACACAGCUGACCGACCAGCAAUCAUCUCCACGGUGAUGGGCACGGGGCACCGCCGCGACUCCUCCUGUGCAGGGUGCGAGGGAAAAGCCACGGGCCGCAAACUGUUGUCACCCAUGGCCCUGGCUGCGGGGAUAGAUGGCAGCAUGUAUGUUGGAGACUACAACUAUGUCCGCCGCAUUGACCCAGAUGGGAAUGUUGUCACCAUCAUGAAGAUUAGGUCGGACCCCCCACAGAAGUACUACAUGGCAGUGGACCCCACAGAGGGAACCCUGUAUGUGUCUGACAGAAGCUCCCACCAGAUCUACCGAGCACGCUCCCUCACCAACAUCCGCAACCCUGACAGGAACAUGGAGCUGGUGGCUGGCACUGGUGCACAGUGUCCACCCAUGGAUGAGGAAAGGUGUGGAGAUGGCGGCUCGGCCUUGAGAGCAAGGCUCUACAAUCCCAAGGGCAUCGCCGUGGACAACAAGGGACUUCUGUACUUCCUUGAUGGGACGGCAAUCAGGAUGAUUGACACUGAUGGAAUCAUCCGCACGAUCCUGAAGAGCCAGAGCCUUGUGGGGAGCGGCACCCCGCUCCCAUGCAAGGGUUCCAUCCCCCUUGAGCAGGUCCAACUACAGUGGCCCACGGCACUGUCAAUCAGCCCAGUAGACAACUCCCUCUACAUCCUGGACAGCGCCGUUGUUCUCCGAGUCUCAAACAGCCGCCAUGCAUCCAUCGUUGCCGGGGUAACAAGCAGCUGUCAGACCCGCCCUGGUCACCACCAGGCGCAUCGCAGCCAGACACCGCUCGAGUCCCCCAGCGUCAUUUCUGUCGGUCCUGAUGGCACCCUGUACAUCGCUGAAACAGACCUGCGCCAUAUCCACCAGGUGCGGAAGGUGCUGCCUGAUGGUUCAAUAGUCCUGAUGGCAGGAGGGAAGACCGACUGCGACUGCCAGGACGACGACAAAUGCAACUGCUAUGCUGGAGAUGACGGGCAGUCUCUCAGCGCCCUCCUCAACUCUCCCAGUGCACUCGCCGUGACGCCUGACGGAACCUUGAACAUCGCCGACCAGGGCAACCUCCGCGUACGGACCGUGUCCCGCUUCCUACCCCAGAUGACGUCGGAUAACGUGUAUGAAGUUGCGUCCUCCGACGGGCAGGAACUGUACAUGUUCAACCAGGCUGGUCAGCACCAGUAUACAGAAGACCUGGUGACUGGCAUCAUCACUUAUAACUUUACCUACGACCGGCAGGGCCGUCUGUCUGGAGUGAUUGACACUCACGGGAACACGCUUCAGGUCCACCACGAUGCACGCAAGAUAAUCCUGCUGACCAAGUGGCGGCAUGGUCUGGAGAUGAGCCUGGAUGAGAAGGGCCGGGUGACCAAGGCGAGCCACACGGACGGCAGGGAGACCAGCUACACCUACUUCAACAGCACAGGGCUCAUCACGAGCAGAGAGGACAGGCUGGGAUGGACCAGUUUCUAUGAGUACAACAGAAAUGGCUGGCUACAGAAGGUGGUGUACCCUACCGGGGAGACGGUGAGGCUGAGGGGUGGCGGUGGCCGGACCAUGGCCAUGGUGGACGUCAUACAGAAGAGUGGGGACACGCUGACCCUGACUGCUGACCACAGCACGGGGGCACUGGCAGCCACACAGGGUCUUCUCCACUCCUCAUCCACCCGCACCCAGGAUGGUUCCACCACCAUCAUGUACCCAGAUGGCACUGAGGUCGCCAUGGAAACUAGGCCACACCCACUCCUGGGGCCCGACAUGCCCGUGCUUGCCAAACGGAAGAUCACCAUCUCGCCGGAACUCGUGAACCGCGUGGAGUGGCGGUGGUUCGUCCGUCGACGGGGCGGGAAACGGAAUGACAGGAAGGUUUCGAUGGUUGGACGACGCAUUCGGGUGGGGGUGUCAAAGACAUUUUCUUUUGCAGGGCAACUCUACCCCUUUGAGCUCAAAGACCUGGAUGCUGACUUGUAUAGCGAUGUAGACUUGGACUCCGAUUACUAUCCUGAUUACCCAGAUUAUACGGAUGUGAAUGGCAUUAAUGUGCUGUCUCUGGAAUAUGACCGAGAGGCCCGCAGCGAGCGCAUAUACGACGACCACCUGAAGUUCAUGUUGACGAUCAACUACAAUGAAGCCGGUCGGCCCAUCAAGUGGGUUUCCAACGACGAGCUCGCGCCAGUGAACGUGUCGUACGACAGUUCGGGUCGGAUGACGGGAUGGCAGUGGUCGGACAUGGUAGAACAGUGGCAGUACGAUCGCCAGGGUCGGACCUCCGUCCGGACCGAAGCUGACGGCUUGGCUUGGUCAUACACCUAUGAAGUCAGGGGUAAUCAGAAGGUUGUUCGGCUGUCCACUCCUGGGAACAGGGAGUACAGUUUCUACUAUGACAUGGGUGGCCACCUUGCUGCGGUAACCAACCCUAGCAACGCCCACCACACCCUAUCCACCCAGCUGUCUGCCACAUCCUACAGAAACACCUACACUGCCCCCGACGGCAAAGUCACCUACAUCCAGGACUUCAACUACGCUGGGCAGCCUCUGCUCGUCCAGUACCCAAACUCGCAGCUACGAGUCGUGUAUCGUUAUGGAUCACGUGGUGAGCUUACGGAGAGACUCCUGGGGGAUGUCCGCGUGAAAUACGACUAUGACGACCGCUCCGGGCGGCUCAACCGUGUCAGCCUGUUGGAUGGUAAUAAUGCAUGCAUUGUGCGUUACCACCACCUAGGGCCUCUCAUCGACAGACAGACCGUACGCUUCGUGGACCAGGCUUGGGCUGGCUCCAAGUUCCUCUACGAGUACGACACAAACUUCCGGGUCACUUCCGUCAAAGCCGAUAUCGGGACUGUCUCUCUCCCUGCCAUUACUUACAACUACGAUCUCACCCUCGGUAAGAUUGAGCAUUUUGGCUCCUUUGAGGUGAUGUACUAUGGCAGUGGGCAGAUCGUCAGCAACUCCAACAUGACUCUCACCAAGCAGCUGGACAGGACUGGACGAGUGCAGAAUGUCCAGUAUGAAAUUCGCGGGCAGAUUGUGCAUCUCAUGGCGUUGCAGUAUAACAACCUCGGCAAUGUGAAAGCGAUGAGUCUGCAGCGUGGAACGAAUGUCAACGCCACUCGCUGGGAGUUUCAGUACGACGCAGACGGCCAGCUUGAAACGGCGUCAAAGGAAGGUGGGCUGGUGUGGCGCUACAGCCACGAUAACGAUGGCAACAUCAUCAUCAUUACCGAAGACGCAUCGCAGACUGUUCUGAUCUACGACGCCAAGGGGCACAUCAGGCGCGCAGGUGGCACCCUGUACUUCAUGGACGAGGAUGGCUUCGUGGUGAGAAGGGAUGACGUACAGUAUGAGUACUCUUCUGACGGCCUGCUCAGACAUGUGAAGAAGCCGGGGGUCUUCGAGAUCUGGUACAAACUGGAUGGCUUGGGCCGCCGCGUGUCUCGUCAAGACCUAGCCGGCAACCACGUCCAGUACUUCUAUGGAGACCUGUCAAACCCAACACGCAUGACACAUGUUAUGAACCACUCCAAUGGGGAAGUCCUGACGCUUCACUACGACAUCCAGGGGUUGUUGUUUGCCACCGAAAGCAACAUGGGGGUCUGGACAUAUGUGGUGACAGACCACAUGGGUUCUCCACUGGCACUCUUCAAUGCACAAGGCCAACUCAUCAAAGAGAUCCAGUACAGUCCAUACGGACAGGUCGUCUACGAUUCAGAUCCCAGUGUGGAGUUUGUGAUCGGUUACCAUGGAGGACUGUACGAUCCGGUGACACGGUUGGUUCACAUCGGUGGGAGGGAGUAUGACCCCGCCAUCGCACGCUGGUACUCCCCAGAUCACCAAAUAUGGAAGAAGAUUGCUCAGAACCCCAGCCCUGUGGCCCUGUAUCAGUACAGGGGGAACAACCCACUCAAGAGAGAACUGCACAGGAACUACAUGGGAGAUGUUGAGAGCUGGCUGUGUGCACUGGGCUUCAGUCUCCACAGUGUUGUGCCCCAGCUGGAUGCCUACGGACACCUGGACACGGGCGACAUCAGCUGCCAGAGGCAGAGGGAGGGGCAGCAGCCACAGCCACAAACCAACCAGAUCAUUCCAGCUCUACACUGUCACACAGACCACAACGCGAAGACUUUCCUGACCCUUCAAGCCACCACCAAGUCAGGUCUUGUAUCUCCUGUAGCAACGGCCACACCCGGGGAUGUUUACGGCAUUCAGGAAUCCAGCGUAGGACAAGUGGUGUUAGGAGUUGAGGAUGGGAAUGUGCGUCCGCAUCUUAAGUCCUCAGCAAGGCCAGAGUACAACAUCCUUGGCAGCGUCUUGAAUGGAAGCCUGUUCCUUGAACAGUAUCACUUUACUAUCAAUGGCAAAGAUGUUCAAUACUUCGUCAAAAGGGACACGAGUGCUGCUGAGGAAGACUUACAGAAGUUGAGAUUGCAAAGUACAGCUAGAUCGAUUCUUGGUGCCUACUUGAACGCUUCACGCCACGAACCAAUACCGGGUCAGAUAGAAGUACGCUUCGAGGGGCCCAACUCCAUUCUGAGUUUGCAGUACGGAGACCUAGACAUCAUACAAAAGAGAAUAUUGGACAAAGCCAAAGUUAGAGGAGAACAGCUUGUCUGGACUCAAGAGUUAGCCCUGGUGGAGCAGGGUUUGCCGACAAGGUGGGACAGUGAACAGCAGGGCGACAUGCGGACUUAUGGACACGUUCCCACGUACGGCGCCCUGUACAUCCGCCCCUCACUACAGUACCCUGAAAUGGCAGACGAUCCGAGAAAUAUCAAACUGGUUCCUCUUGCCAGUCUAGACUCUGAAACAGAGGCCAGAAGGAGGAGAAGAAGAAGAUAGCCAGGAGAGAGAACCCUGAAUUCAUAAAUGUAAACUAAUUUUAAAGGGGGGAUGUACAAACAUAGUAACAUAGCUGGAAGCUACAGAAACACAAGUUGAACCACCGUUUCUUGGGUCUCAAAUGUGAAUAACAUUUGUGGUAACACCCCUUGAGGGGAUGUCUUUAUUGCAGUGAUAUGUGGGAAAGCAUGAAGAUUGUAUUCUAGAGAUAUUUAUUAUUGUUUUAAAUGUGAAAAAUUAUGUUUUAUUUUGUAAUGAGAAGGUAAGAAGAGAGAAAAGAAAGCUGUAUCAUAAUGUACAAACUUAACUAGGAAGCCAUUGUUGAUUAGAGAGAGAGACUAGAGAAAGUGAAAGUUUGCCUGUAAAAUCUGAAGCUUCUAAUUAUGCUAGAAUUUGUAUUUUUGAUAGUGAUACUUUAAAUCAAAUUCCUUGGAAAAAGGGAGUUUCCUGGAACGUUAAUGUACAUAAGAAUGUUCGACAGGUGGACAAUAAGAAGAGGUUUUCUUCCUUUACUUCAAGGAAGCAAUAACCUUUCAAGAAAAGAACUACUUGUCAGGAUGCCUUUUAGUGGCCUGUAUGCAUGCAGCUCUUUCAAAGAGGCUGAAAUGGCUUGGUACAUAUCCUUGCAAACAAUGCAGAAUUAGACGAUUGUUUCUAACAAGAAGCAAAAGAUUUUGGGGGCAUCUAUUCGAGAUUAUUUCAACAAACAAGCAGGUGGAUCAAUAACUAGUAGUAUGGUAAACACUAGUGCAAUGUGAGACUGUUGCACAAUUGUUAUAGGAUUUUAACAUAUUGCACUGUGCCAAUGUUGUCAUUGUACAUUUUUGAUGAUUUACUCCUGAAGUCUUAGGUGUGUUUGAGCCUUAUGUGUCAUUCCUAUAAAAUAUCAUAUCUAACAAUGAAAGUAGAGUCACCAGAACCUGUAAUACUUCUAGUCACAGAUGUUUCGUAGACAAUGUUAGCUUACUAUCUCUAUGUGUGCCUAUUUUGAGGCCAACACUAUGUACUAGCAACUCCUUACUUACUGACGUACUUGAUGUGAUGAAGGUAGUUUAUUUUGAAGUGCCUUUGUACUUGUCCAUCCAAGUGGAAAAAUGAUGAAAGUUGCAUUGUGACUGUUCACAAUUUUGUACUUUGUAUCGAUCGAUGCCAAUGACAGAGUGUACUUUAGCCGUACAUUUGAAAUGACCGCAAAACGUGUGUAGAACUCACUUAUGAGUCACUAACAUGUACAAGGUAGUGAAUUUAUUUCGAUGGCACCUGUAGUUUUUUCUAUGCAAAUCUCAUAUCUCAUACUACCAUUUCUUGUAGGCUCCGUUGUAGAGGAAUUAGAAACAUUGUUUUCUUAUGAAAAGUGUGGUGCUUGUAAUUUCGGUAGUGUUCUUAUCGUAGAUGUGAAAUGAUUUGGCAACUUGACAUUUUAUACUGAGCGCAGCUCUCUGUAAAUGAUCAGAAUUAGAGAAUUCGUUAAGUUUGACAUUUUCUAUUGUGAUAAAUUACCUACAAACGUGUUUGUAAAUAAGAUGAAAUGUCUUGUGAUGCUGAUGCAAAUAAAGUUCCCUGGAAACUUA